CGCAACUAUGUAAGUGUAGGCUGCCAUAUUGGCGAGGAAAAUGCUAAGGAGCGCCUCUUAUGUUUACAGAAAAACAUUACGAAUUUACGUCGUUCAUCGAAGUAAAUCGAGUCUUGAAAUAUUUCAUUGUAUAACUAUAAUAUCACGGAAGUAGAUUGAGGAUUAAUCAUGAGUUCUUCUGACAGCAAACGCUCCAAAAGACGGAGAAAUAAACGAGGUGGUGGGAAUAGUCGUCCAGCACCUGCUACUGCUAGCAGCGGCAAUGCUAACAACACACAGACUGCUAAUGCGAAGGCAGAUGGGCAGGUACUAACUACCAUACCAGUUCCCAGUUCAUUGACAGAUUUGGACUUAGAUAACAUUCCACAGCCGAUGAGCCAGAUGCCUCGCAGUCACAACCCCUACCUGGACAGAGAGCAUUGCCUGCUAUGUCGCCGUGAGAGGCCAGACCCUCCAGCUAAUCGCAUCCCCCCUGGGGUCGGAGGAAGUGAGAAGGAAAACAACAGGCAGUUACCCAUUACACAGAUGCCCCUUUGGUUGUGUCCCGACUGCCGUCGUACUGUAGAGGAGGAAGAGGCUCAUUCCACCAAAAACUUUGGUCCAUCAGCCAUUGGGGAGUUGUUUCUACCUUCAGCGCCAGCCCUCAUCACCGGUCUCCAGAACCUGGACGGAGCAUUCAGCUCCUCCCCUGGGAUGGGAGGAGACUCCUCGUCCGUGGUAACCAGUACCAGUGGAGGCAAGGGAGGAGUAGGGGUUGGAGGAGGGAGCGGAGACGGGCCAUGCCAGUGCGAGCCGUGUAGGGAGAGGAGGGAGAUAGCAGCUGAGCAGGAGCACUCUCGUCAGCAGCUCGGGGAGUGCUGGACGGAGCUGAGUCACCUGGUGCGCUGUGUCUACUGGGAGGCAGGGACCUCCCUAACAGGUGAGGAGAGCACAACCAAGCUGAGUCUGCCACGCAUGAAGGAACUCGUCCAUCGUCUCUGCGCCCACGACCCCCAUCUACUCUACACGAGGCUGGAGGCGGAGGUGGAGGACUUCAUCAAGGAGAUGAGGGAGAGGCUCCUCAAGCAGCUAGACGGGGGCUUUAGGACCCCGCCUCUUGCCAAGCAGUUCAUCACCAUGCUCCUGGAGGAGUACGCGGCGCUAUGUUCGGCUGCUCAGACGCUCCUCGCUAUCUUAGAAGAGUUGGAGAAGGAGCACCUGCACAAGUUCAACCUAACGUGGCCGCUGCACAACAAACACCUGUUCCACUCCCUGAUCUACAUGGAGCCGGGUCUUCAUGAUAAUCUGGGCACGCUCAUCAAGCAGCUGAGGGCCGUCGCAAGUCAGAAGGAACCCUACCGCGAAGAGAGCUACUCUAACCUACUGCAGAGAUAUCUACAGUUUGACAAUGACAUGUCAGUGGUAGCAGUGGUAUGGAGAGACUGCCUGCAGCUUAUAGAAGACUAUACAGAUGAACAGGAGUUGUACAAAGGGAAGGAAGCCCUCAACCGCUCAUGGGAUACGGGUGUCACGACGACGAGGCCACGCCCACUAUCCUGCGAGGCCACCAAAUCGACCAAUAACAGGAAUCUGUUCCAGUGCCACUCAGCAUUGAUAAAUCACAUGGCGAAUGGAGGAGGGAAUCAGGAGAACAAUACUAACCACAGAGGCUCCACUAAGAAAAAGUGCCUGUGUGAUGACUGCAGUCUAAACAGACUGACCUCCAGCCUCUUGACCCCCGACCUCUACGAAGAGAUUGGUCUGAAGCUGAACGAGGCAGCGCCCGGGGGCCAGCUGUCAGCCCUGGAUACCUACCUUCAGUCCAUCAAUCCGCCUGACCUGUCUUCCACCACCUCCUCAUCGGAUUGCUCUUCCCAAGGCGACAGUGAAGACGUCAUCCCUAUCUUCUCUCGUAGUGAUCUCAUUCACUCCGGCUUCUGUUCUCCAAGAAGCGAUGACUCUGACGACUCGGACGACCUAGACUCUGAGUCGUCGCCUUCACCGUCCCAUGAGAAUGCCUUUGAAGAUGAAGAUGACGACGGAGAAGGAAGACCGAAUGAGAACUCUUCAAGGAGGGGCAGGGCGAGGUGUAGAGCAUCUUACUCUGGUGGUGGGGACAGACAGAGCAAUGGUGGUGGUGAUGUCAAAAAGGAUUCCAAUAUUUCCAGUAGUCAGCCAUGCGAGUGUCAUGUAUGUGCUGCCAACAGUCCACACCUUCCUGCUGCUGCCAUGAUGGCGGGCAAUGUCGGGGACACCAAACCCUCGUACCUCUUCUACCCCAACCUCCAGACCCACCAACCACUAGACCUCAGCCACCCGGGCAUCUCGGCCAAACACCCUCUCAUCCACCCCCAUCUCUACAACCUGACCUCUCAGAAACCCAACAAGAUCCCCAACCACUCCCAACAAGCAUUCCAGCUCAACCUCGACGCAUCCGACGGGCUUCAGAACUACGGCGACUGGAACAGUGCCUACGAGAGCGCCAAGAUGGUACUUCACACGCAUUCUCACUCUCACUCUCACUACGGGCACGACGAGGCGCCAGACCUCAUCCAGAGUGCAAAAGCAGCGAUCCAGUCCAACUGCCGCGCGGAGAAGAGCGAGAACCGUUCAGCUAAGAUAGUACCAGUACACCAGGGGCAUCACAACUCUGAAGGGAAGACGACCAAGGAAGAGAAAGGGAAGAAGCAUAGCCAUGACGGCUCUGGGUCAAUCAGCAAUGGCAUCAGCGAAUGGACCAAGCAACAGAGACUAGGGCAACACCUCCACAAUGACAAGGGCAAGAACUCUAGUCUAGUCGCCCAGGAGCUGUGUGCCAAGCACAAUUUCCCGACAGUACCGAAGCUUCCCAACAACAAUAUGUUCAUCUCCCCAGCCCUUCUCCAGGGUACCGAUGCAACGAGCGGAGCGGUGACCCAGGAGAGUCUGGCGCAGUUCAGCUCCGGGGUUCUAACCCAGCAGGCUCUUAUGACCCAGGGCAUGCUGGCUGCUCAAGGGGCGGGGCUGCAGCUGCAGAAUGCAGGCAUUCAUGUGGCUGAUGUGCACCAUCUCCAACAGCAGCAGCAGCAGCAGCAGCAGCAUGUGCCAAGUGAUGGCAAGAAGAAGAAGAAGAGUCAAGGUUGUGGGGAAGAGACGUUACCUACUGAACCCACAGUCAGAUUACCUGAUUACCUGAACGAGCAGCACCUGCACGCCUGCUCCCAUCAGAACCAAAUCUCCCAUCCAUCCGGUGUCUUGGGCGGCAAUGCUGGCUUGUGUAAUAGCUCCAUGCAGACUACGGCUAGUACCCCAACCUCGGCCAGUGUCUGCAGUAGUGAGCCAGACUACGAAACACCAAACUACCAACAUGACGAUGACACGCCCAGUAACUAUGACGACAAGGACUCCAACGCAUCCAGCACUACGAGGGAGAGGGAGUCUAAACAUUGUGAAUGCUGCUAUUGUGAAUUCUUCGGUCAGGGGCCUCAACCUGCCCCAACGAGUCGAAACUACACAGAAAUCAGAGACAGGCUGCGACUAAGACUAAGAGAGCGAAAGCCCAAAGACCAUUCGCCUUCCCAUGAGCCGCCAAUCCAACCUCCCAAUGACCUGCUACAUGCGGACGAGCGCAAGGUAGAGGACUUACUCUCCUUCAUAGAGGGCGCUAAGAAGACCAAGAGCAGCUCCAAGGCGGCUAAACGGCAGCGGCAGAGACAGAAAAAGGCUGAGCAGAAGUCCAAGAGUGUGCCUGAUAACGGUCACAAGAAAGACAUCCAUGUCCCUGUAUUUUCUCACCAUCACUUCCAUCACCACCACCACCAUCAUAUGGAGCUUACCAGAGAGAAGCAACUUGAGGCAGCAUCACAGCACAACACCCACUGCAAGGCGCAACCUUCCCAUCCAACCAAACAACUACAUCAGGCACCUGCCAAGCAACAAUCCCAGUCUCGAGAAACCCAGCAGUCAGAAUCUAAAUCCGUACCCACAUCCAAGGGUCAACCCAGACCACAAUUGGACCAAAACACCAGCUUGGUAGCUUCUCAACCUUCGUCCAUGCCGAUGACCUCUUCUUCUUCACCAUCAUCAUCGGAGCUGUCCAAGCAAGCUUCCUCAAACUCCCGAGCAGUGCCAAUGGUGACUUCUCAGGAGAUCGUCCCCAAAGAUGACAGUACCAGCAAGAAGGGCAAAAGCUCUGGAGCAACCCAACCGCAAGUCCAGGCUAAUGCACUGUCAUCGAACGCUGGUAAUAAGAGCGUAGAGAGUAAGGCCAAAGGUAAACAGAAUGGAGCUGGGAAGCAAGGCCCAUCGUUGGCUCAUCCUGCGGAGGCUAGCACAGAGGGCAGAGGAAAGGCAGAUCAGGAUACAGGGAAAUCCGCCAAUAGACGUGAUCAGGGAGCCAGCAAUAAGACAGGCAGCCAAUCAUCACAGCAGAGACUCACCCAGAACCAGAAGCAACAGCAGCAGCAGCAACAGAAGACUGACAAGAUGUCUAGACAUGACACCACUAAUGCAUGGAAGACACCUACUACAGGAGGACAGGAGAGGUUACUCAAUGGCAAUGCUAGUGACAGCAGCAGUGGCAGUAGCAGCAGGUCUAACAGUGUUGGCAACAAGAGCAUCAACAGCAGGACAAAGCAGGUUGGGGCAACUUCCACCAACAUUGAUGAUCCCCAUUUGAAGAAGCAGGCUAAUCUCAAGCCCUCACAGGGUACAGCGAUGUCAGCAGCAGCACAGGGUAAUCCAAAGGCCACUGCCACCAUCCACACCAAGAAGGCCAACCAGACUUCCAGCAGCCUCAAGGAACAGCUUCCACAGAAGAUGGAGGAGACAGCCACUGCCAGACUCGCCAGCAAGCGAUCAGAGACCAAUCACAAAAUGGACACCAGGACGUCACAUAACGGGGGUGGCCAUGAGCAGAUGACAAAUGGAAUUGCUCUGUCCAAUGGAAGUAGCACCACCAACAAGAGGCGCAAGAAAAAGAAGAACUCUGACAAUCCAAAUGCAUCCAUUGAUGAGAUAUUCCUCCCCAAGGAGAAUGUUGACGUGAAUGAAAUGGACGAGACUGAGAGAGAGCUAGAAGCCUUCAAAAGGUUCUGCAUGGCCUCCACUCCCCAGGAGAAGAAGGAGAAGGUGGUCUUUAACGUCAAGGACCUGUCCCUCAAGAAGAGCAGCCUUCAGGCCCACUAAGAGAAGAGACCAGAACCAUCAUUCCAUACAUUUACCAACUAGACCAAGACAAUAGGCCCAAAGCAACAUGUUCACUUCUAUCAACCAAGAUGCUAAGAUAUUCUGCACUUGUGAUAUGGCCCAAAGACUCGAAGAGUGCGACCCCAACGAACUGUCACCAACUAGACCAAAACAAUGGACCCAAACCAAAAUGUUCACUUCUAUCAACCAAGAUCUUGCACCAAUGCUAGAUAUUUCACACUAUUGAUAUGGCCCUAAGACUUGAAGAAUGCAUCCAACUAGACCAAGACAGCAGGCCCAGAGCACAUUCAUCCCUUCUAUUCGGGAAUGGUUCCAAGAUUUAGAUAGCACUGAUGCCAGUAAUCUUCAGCACUAUUGAUAUGGCCCCCAAGACUGGAAGAAUGCACCAACAUACAGUCACCAACUUGAUUGAGACAAUAAACCCAAAAUGAACCGAUCACUCCUUUAGCUGUAAAGAUCUAGCUAAGAUCUAGCAUUAAUUCCAGUCAUCUUCCAACAUCUUUCAUACAACCAAAAGAAUUAACAUGUACCGGUACUCCUCAAUACUUUAGUACUAAUUUGACCAAGUCCACAGGCCCAAAAUGAAUUCCUCUUUGUUUCUUUCCCUGUUCCAAGAUCCCCAAGUCUAACCACCACCACCAGCAGCAGCACUAAUUCAAAUUAUUUGCUCAAUCUUGAUAUAGCUCCAAUACUUGAAAAAUGCAUGUGACUUCUCUCUCUCGAUUAGGAUGUAUCAUUCGGCUGUGCAAUACAUGAAUAGCAUACAUUUUCUCAGAAGGGCAUUGACUCAUGUAAUUUUACAUCAAGUUAAAACCCUUUUGACUCCAAAACAGAUGGCAUUGAACAUAUAACAAAUUGUCAGGUACUUGAAUUGUGAUACGAUAAUAGGUAUGAAGGUUUGGAGCAGUAAAAUUGCUUUCAGGUGCACAUAGCUACGGUAGACAUUUCCUGUUAAAAAUAGUGAUGACAGCACAUUGACUUUGGUAUUGUUGCCAUGGAAAUUGUGACAAGAUGAAGAGCUGCAGUUUAGUAAUUUCACAGAUACUAAAUUUGAAUGACAAUCAAUUAUUGUAAUGUCCGAUGAGGUUCGCAAUUCUAGAAAAGAAAAUAGGUAUUUAUUUUAAAAAGAUGACCGCUUUGAAAAUAUUGAGCACUUUUAAUCUAGGUCAGACUUCAAAAUGACAAUAAUGACUAGGCCGAUUUGUGUGAAGAUCUGGAAAGGGAGACAGAUAAUGUGCAUAGUGGUGACAAGUGUAAGAGGGAAGGGGUUGGAUUGAAUUUGCUUUACUGCUGCAUCUGUCGCAAGACAUAUGAGAAGAAAUAGUGUUGAGUUGCAGUGUGCCCACACAAGGUUUUCAAUGAUUUACAUUCGACGAUAGACUUGUUGAGUAGUUUGAAAUUGAAGAAAUAGGAAGAUGCAGUUUGGAUGGAUAAUUUAUGAGGUUGUGUGUUCAGGAGGUUAACAGCAAAUAAUAGACUGUCGUCUUGUAGCCAGGUGUACAUUGUUGAUUUGGUUGUAUUACCACUCUGUGUUUGAGAGGUGAAUUGUGAUGAAAUGAAGCAAUGGAAUACGAUGGUGAUGUUUAUUAUACAGAUAGAAAGAGAGAGAUUGGGACAUUGAAGUAUAGACAUUGGUGCAUCAAAUAUAUUUGCCUGAAUCCCCUUGGGAAAUCAAAAUGUGCCGAUUGGCUAGGAGACGAAACCCUUAAUUGAUCCAAAUUAUGAGGAAGCAUUUCAUUCCUAUGGAUUGUAUCCCUUCCCCCUCCUUACAGCGGUGUGCCUCUGCUUCAUGCUAUGGGCAAGUUGAUGGGAAGGUCUCUUGGUACAAUCUUGUGGCAGGGUGACAUUUUGUAUUACGACUAUUGUGGUAAACACAUACUUUCGCAGUCGGGUAGGGUUGAAUCCACUUCAGCAAAUGUGAAAUGGAAUUUGUUACACCACACGUGCAGGUGGAGUUGAAAUUAUAGAUAAUUAAAGAAGUGAAGCAAUUGAUGAACAGGAAGAUAGAAAGUGGCAAAUAAGAUACUGGUAACAAAUUACAAAUGUUUUGUUUCACUCAAACAUGCUUGCACCUUUAGAAGAUGAUCAAGAAAAACCAGAAUCAUAAUAUUUCCUGAAGAAAGAGGAAAACAAUUUUGGUCUAUAAUAUGUGGUUGGUUAGUUGGUCUAUAAUGGAAAUCAAUAUUUGAAUUUUUUGAUAAAGUGAUUAGCAAUGCAAAAAUUGAAUAUUACACAGACACCAAUUUUAGAAAAUUGAUAAUUCUCUGUGAUUUGAAGCUGGUCUUGUAAUUGUUUGUAACCAUUUUUAUUUUCAAUGGGUAAGAUAAGUAGUUGUAUGCCCAAGCACAUACUUUCUACAAUGAAAUUGGGGCAUUAAUAAGAGAAUUUCAUGUUUUCCAGUAGACCUUACGAUUUGAAAACUUAAUCAAAUUUAACAUUUAUCAGAAGUGUAGCAAUGCGUAAAUUUCUUUGCUUCACCAGUUUUUGGUAAAAUUCAGUUUUGCUUGGCUGAAGUAAGAUUUCUUUUUUGGUAUUCAUCAAAAAUAUUGUGACAAUUUCAUUUUUAUUGUAGGAACUUCGAAAAAUGUGAUUUAUUUGUAGAAAUUUGAAAUGAUGUAAAAUGAAUGUGACCAAUAAUGCUAUCAUUUGUCUCUUGAAGAUCCAUGUUGUAUGGUGUAUAUCUGUGAAGGGCCAAAAAGAAGCCACGCUUUUGCUCUCUUUCGGGUACACAAACGUUUCUUAGAAGUGGAAGAAAUGAAAUCAAAAUCGCUCAGACAAGAAUGGAAGGUUCCAGAGUACUUUAAGCACUUGUCAUUUCUAGACGAAAAAAAGAAAGAAAUGAUUUGGCAGACUUGACUUUUUAAGACUUGACCACAAAGAAGGAAUUUAGUCAAGAAUGAUGGCCUUGUGAUGUGUGUUUUAGUGAUAAUUUGAUUUGUUGGAAAUGAAGAUUCUGAGAAUGUACUUGUCUUGGCCCGUGUUUUUAAAGCCAAGACUUCAAGUUUGUUGCAGACGUACGUACGUUUCCCUCUCUAUAUUUUUUUUUUCUUGACGAUGACUUUUGUAGUGUGGAUUAGAUGAUGCAUAUGACAAGAAAUGUUGCGUUUAUUAUUAAUGCGAAAAAUUCCAGUGCAUAUUAGCCAUUUUCAUGAUAUGUAAACAAAAUGCUAACAAUAAAAGACAUUGAUAUUGCAAUGAAAA